CCUUCAUCUUCUUCGUGUAAAAGCAGCACCAAAUCACCCGACGAGCCGCAUCCACUAUCAUCGACAGCGAAGCUCUGCCCGAAUCACGAGAGCGCCGCCGCCACUGUUUCCAACCAAGCCGUAGCCGCCAUCCGUGAUUCUGUUGACGAGAGGAGAAGUCGCCGUGAACCGAUUCCAAGCCGUCGCCUUCUCGGUCACGCCGCCACCGUUCGCCGUCACCGCCGAUCUGCUGCUCCGAGUCAUCACCGUCGUUCCUGAGUCUUAUCGUGGUUGCUUAAGCUCCAAGCUUCGUCCGCUCUGCUUAUUUUGCUGUUGUUGGUGCUGCUACGUCAUUGUCCGCGCCUCAAGUAUGCUUCGUUGAGUUGUGAUCGUGUGCUGUGUGUCUGUUUCACUUCCGUUCAUUCGAAAAGCAAAAGUGAGGGCGGGAUCCGUGGAUUCUUAAGGCUUCUACGUAAUUAAUAUCCAGAAAUGCUAGGUCUAGGGAAUUGUUUGUUGAUUGUGGUAAUGUGAAAGAUUGAUGAUAUUAGUUGUUUAUGCGUAUGAGAUGAGAUUAUAUUAAAUAAUAUGAAAUGUUAGUGGGAAGUAAUUUAUAAAGUCGGACUGAGAGUGAGGACAUGGCGAUCCCAUUUAAGUCUGUACUUCAGUGCAGUCGGACUGAGAAUGAGGACAUGAUGAUCCCAUUAAAGCCCGUUAACCGGCUGAAGAGCUAAAGGGUGGCGGAAGACCUUUCAAGGUGUCCGACCAGUCCAGUGUCAUGAUAUUUUAUGUUGAAUUAAUGGUGGUGAAAACCUUUCGAGGUGCCGACCAGCCGAGUGUCAUGUGAUUUGUGUUGAGUUGUGAUAUGGUUAGAAAUACUUAUCAAUGGUUGUUUGCUCUAGAGUUAGUAUUUGCGUGUAUUGUUAAAUAGUGGUGUUGCAAAUCAUGUGGGCGGACAUGACCAACC